AUGUUUCACCACCAUCAUCAUUCUCACAAUGUCAACUCUAAUAUUGAUAUCUAUUCAACUCCAAUAAGAGAUGGUGGAAAUUCUGUUCAUCAUGUUGAUGCUAGUCUUUACACCCAACCAUCAUUUCAAGAUCUAGUUUCACAUUUUGGUUCACCACCGAGCUUCAGUCAAAUUGUUCAACCAUCUCAACAGCUACCUAAUAAUAAUGAUGAAGCCCCUAUACCUUCAAAGAAAAGUUGGGAUUUGAUUGAAGAUAUUGCUCUCAUAUGUUCAGUCAUAAACACAAGUACAGAUCCAAUUGUGAGCAACAACCAAAAGAUAAGAGUGAGGUGGCAGAAAGUUAAGAAAGUUUAUGAAGCAGCGACGAUGGAACGACCCCAUCUGAUCCCACGAAGAACCGCCGACAUGCUUAAAUGUCGUUGGGGUAGAGUUGCUCCAGCAUGUUUGAAGUGGUCUGGAAGUUAUCAUGAGGCUCUUAGGAGGAAGAAGAGUGGCACGACAGACGAAGAUGUGCUUAAAGAAGCGCAUUUAAUCCAUCAAAGAAAACACGGUAACUUUAACUUGAUUGAGCAAUGGAAAAUUUUAAGAAAGUAUAACAAGUGA